AUGCCGCUCGCUCAGCUCAAGGAGCCCUGGCCGCUCAUGGAGCUGGUGCCGCUGGACCCGGAGAACGGACAGGCACCUGGGGAAGAAGCUGGCCUUCAGUCAUCCAAGGAUGAGGGCGUCCUCAAGGAGAUCUCCAUCACGCACCACGUCAAGGCUGGCUCCGAGAAGGCUGACCCAUCCCAUUUUGAGCUGCUCAAGGUUCUGGGCCAGGGAUCCUUUGGCAAAGUCUUCCUGGUGCGGAAGAUCACCAAGCCCGACAGUGGACACCUGUAUGCCAUGAAGGUACUAAAGAAGGCAACACUGAAAGUGCGGGACCGUGUUCGGACCAAGAUGGAGAGAGACAUCCUGGCCGAUGUGAACCACCCAUUUGUGGUGAAGCUGCACUAUGCCUUCCAGACCGAGGGCAAGCUCUAUCUUAUUCUGGACUUCCUGCGUGGCGGGGACCUCUUCACACGGCUCUCCAAAGAGGUUAUGUUCACGGAGGAGGACGUGAAGUUUUACCUGGCUGAGCUGGCUUUGGGCCUGGACCACCUGCACAGCCUGGGCAUCAUUUACAGAGACCUCAAGCCUGAGAACAUCCUUCUGGAUGAGGAGGGCCACAUCAAGCUCACCGACUUCGGCCUGAGCAAGGAAGCCAUCGACCACGAGAAGAAGGCCUAUUCCUUCUGCGGGACGGUGGAGUACAUGGCCCCCGAGGUGGUCAACCGCCAGGGUCACACCCACAGUGCAGAUUGGUGGUCCUAUGGGGUGCUGAUGUUUGAGAUGCUGACGGGCUCCCUGCCCUUCCAGGGGAAGGACCGGAAGGAGACCAUGACACUGAUUCUGAAGGCGAAGCUAGGCAUGCCCCAGUUUCUGAGCACGGAAGCCCAGAGCCUCCUGCGGGCGCUGUUCAAGCGGAAUCCUGCCAACCGGCUCGGCUCCGGCCCUGAUGGGGCAGAGGAAAUCAAGCGACAUGUCUUCUACUCCACCAUUGACUGGAACAAGCUGUACCGUCGUGAGAUCAAGCCACCCUUCAAGCCGGCCGUGGCCCAACCCGAUGACACCUUUUACUUCGACACCGAGUUCACGUCCCGUACACCCAAGGACUCCCCUGGCAUCCCCCCCAGUGCUGGCGCCCAUCAGCUGUUCCGUGGCUUCAGCUUCGUGGCCACCGGCCUGAUGGAGGAUGACGGCAAGACGUGGGCCACACAGGCACCACUGCACUCAGUGGUACAGCAGCUGCACGGGAAGAACCUGGUUUUCAGCGACGGCUACGCGGUAAAGGAGACGAUCGGUGUGGGCUCCUACUCGGUGUGCAAGCGCUGUGUCCACAAGGCCACCAACAUGGAGUAUGCUGUCAAGGUCAUCGACAAGAGCAAGAGGGAUCCCUCGGAGGAGAUUGAGAUUCUUCUGCGGUAUGGCCAGCACCCCAACAUCAUCACUCUGAAAGAUGUGUACGAUGACGGCAAACAUGUGUACCUGGUGACAGAGCUGAUGCGGGGUGGGGAGCUGCUGGACAAGAUCCUACGGCAGAGAUUCUUCUCAGAGCGGGAGGCCAGCUUCGUCCUGCACACCAUUAGCAAAACCGUGGAGUAUCUGCACUCCCAGGGGGUUGUGCAUCGGGACCUCAAGCCCAGCAACAUCCUCUACGUAGAUGAGUCUGGGAACCCCGAGUGCCUGCGCAUCUGUGACUUUGGCUUCGCCAAGCAGCUGCGGGCCGAGAACGGGCUCCUCAUGACGCCCUGCUACACGGCCAACUUCGUGGCGCCUGAGGUGCUGAAGCGCCAGGGCUACGAUGAAGGCUGUGACAUCUGGAGCCUGGGCAUUCUGCUGUACACCAUGCUGGCGGGGUACACUCCAUUCGCCAACGGACCCAGUGACACCCCCGAGGAAAUCCUGACCCGGAUCGGCAGCGGGAAGUUCACCCUCAGCGGGGGAAAUUGGGACACAGUUUCAGAGACAGCCAAGGACUUGGUGUCCAAAAUGCUACACGUGGACCCCCACCAGCGCCUCACAGCUAAGCAGGUCCUGCAGCACCCAUGGAUCACCCAGAAGGACAAGCUUCCUCAGAGCCAGCUAUCCCAUCAGGACUUACAACUUGUGAAGGGCGCCAUGGCAGCCACAUACUCUGCACUCAACAGCUCCAAGCCCACCCCUCAGUUGAAGCCCAUCGAGUCAUCCAUCCUGGCGCAGCGGCGGGUGAGGAAGCUGCCGUCCACCACCCUGUGA